GAGUGGAGGGGCAGGAAGAUCAGUGGGUGGGGAUAACCCUUUUGAAAAAAAAAUCACGUGUUGGGAGAUCAAAGGAGAUCCGCUUUGUAGCGCUGGAAAGAGAGAAAGAGAGAGCGAGAGAGAGAGAGAGAGAGAGAGAGAGUGGGGAGCGCAGAGCGCAGAGCAGAGCCCAGAGCUUUGUAAUUGACAAGGCUGCAAUGGUGAAAUAAACACGUUCGGUCCACGGUGAUGAGCUCUCUCGCUGCACAAUCAACAUACUAACAAGAACUGCAAACAGCCAAUCAACUUUAUUUGUGGGGGAUUUUCUUUGUAAAAUCAAACAAGAGCUUUAUCCCCCCCCCUCCCCCCUCCCCUAAAAAAACAACAACUGGAAAUUAUGUUCCAAUCGGCGCGGAUCCAGCCGGCAAGAUGAUGAUUUCACCGAGGAGUGGGGUACACUGCGUAACGGAUUCGGUGGCGGUGGUGGUAUUUCUCGUGGCUACUUCUUUGGGGACUGUCUUGGCCAAGGAUACUGCUUUUGUGGAAGUGGUGCUGUUCGAGUCCAGUCCCAAUGGAGAUUAUACGACUUACACGACUGGUUUGCAAGGACGAUUCGCAAAGGCUGGAGCCGUUAUCAGCGCAGAAGGCGAGAUUGUGCAGAUGCACCCUCUGGGACUCUGUAACAACAACGAUGAAGAGGAUCUCUACGAGUACGGCUGGGUGGGCGUGGUCAAGCUGGAGCAGCCCGAGCUGGACCCCAGCUGUCUCACAGUUCUGGGGAAGGCAAAAAGAGCAGUCCAAAGAGGAGCCACUGCAGUCAUCUUCGAUGUCUCUGAAAACCCUGAUGCGAUUGAUCAGUUGAACCAGGGCUCAGAGGAUCCACUCAAGAGGCCUGUGGUGUAUGUGAAAGGAGUGGAUGCCGUGAAGCUCAUGAACAUUGUGAACAAGCAGAAAGUGGCGAGAGCGAGGAUCCAGCACCGGCCGCCUCAGCAACCCACAGAGUAUUUCGACAUGGGGAUCUUCCUGGCCUUCUUCGUGGUGGUGUCCCUGGUCUGCCUCAUUCUCCUCAUCAAGAUCAAGAUCAAGCAGCGUCGGAGUCAGAGUUCCAUGAACAGAAUGGCUAUCCAGGCGCUAGAAAAGAUGGAAACAAGAAAGUUCAAGUCAAAGAGCAAAGUUCAUCGAGAGGGUAGCUGCAGCGCCUCGGACACACUGAGCAGCAGCUCCACUGCCGACUGUGCCAUCUGCCUGGAGAAAUACAUUGACGGAGAGGAGCUCCGAGUCAUCCCCUGCGCUCACAGGUUUCAUAAGAAGUGUGUGGAUCCAUGGCUGGUGCAGCAUCACACCUGCCCGCACUGCAGACACAAUAUCAUUGAACAGAAAAAGGGAAACCCUGGACCCAUCUGUGUGGAGCCUGGCAAUCCUCCCCACAGCCGGCAGCAGAGGGUGGUUCUUCCGGUCCACUACCCCGGGCGAGUGCACAGGACCGGCCAGAUCGCCUACCCAACCCGGACCAGCAUGGAUCCCCACGGCAACCCCAUCACUCUCCUGACAGUGGACCAGCAUGGGGAGCAGAACCUGUACCCGGCGCAGUCCUCCGGCUUCGUCCAGAGCUACCCACCCAUCCAUCUGGACCGCUCUAUGAACCCCCACCACUGCAGCGGGGAGCACCGGCCCGCCUACCCCCAGCCCCACACCUUCAAGAGGCGCAACUUCUCUCGGCCUGCCUGCUUCUCGCAGUACGAGACCAUGUACCAGCACUACUUCUUCCAGGGCCUGAGCUACCCGCAGACUGAGGGCCAACCAGGAACCGGACCACACAAGGGCCCCGCCCAGGCUUUCCAGCAGGGCAUGCUAUUCCCCACGGUGGUCCACAUGGCCCCCGCCACGUCUUCCCACCUCGGGGAGAGAGGCAGCACCUCCAGCUUCAGCUGCUACCACGGGCACCGCUCGGUGUGCAGUGGUUACCUGGCGGACUGCCCUGGCAGUGACAGCAGCAGCAGCAGCUCGGGGCAGUGCCACUGCUCCUCCAGCGACUCCAUGCUGGACUGCACCGAGGUGAGCAACCAGGGGGUCUAUGGGAGCUGCUCCACCUUCCGCAGCUCGCUGAGCAGCGAUUACGACCCCUACGUGUACCGGAGCAGGAGCCCCUGCCGGGGGGCGGCUAGCGAGGCCGGGACUGGCUGCCCACCCGCUCCCCAGGACGAUCCUUCUGCCUCUUCCAGCCAUGACUGCCUCCGGCCCCCACCCCGGGCUACAUUUUUCUCAGGGGACCAGCUGUCCGGCUGUAGCCUGGAGCCCAACUAUAGCAGCCACUCUUCUCUGGAACCCAGGGAAACCAAUACCACUACCUCAAACGGUGCCCUUGAGGGCGUUGAGCCAGAGCUCCGAGGCUGGAAGAAAGGGGCUGAGGAAGGGCAGCAGGGGCCAACCUGUAGCUGCUGUUUCGAGAUCCCACCCACCGCUGCUGCUGCGGCCGCCUCAGAGAGCAAAGGGAUGGCGGUGGGCAGGGCCUUGUUUGUAGACGGGGCUCGUUGCAACCGGGGGGCGGAGCCCAGGACCCAUUUAGGUUCCGCCCCUCAGAACUUGUACAGCGUUAACAUGGACCAUUUGUGCCGGGCAGAGCCGGGGAGUUCUGAAGGGCUGCCUUGCUGUUUCUAUGAGGAGACAAGCGUUCACCGAAACAAUGGGGGCUGUUAUGCAGAGGACGUUGCCAUGAGUGUCCAGUACCCACGGACCGACGUGGAGCCCGCCUCCUCACAGAGCCAGCGCAUACCUAUCAUCCCAGAGGACACGGACUGUGAACUGGAUCAGGGACCUGCUCAGGCAGGAGAGGGCAGGACAGGGGCCCGAGGCGAGUCCAGCGAACUUUACUUCCCCUCUGAGACAUUCGGCAGCCGGAUGUGCCCCCUUGAGGAAGAGGAGAGGGCUCUUUUUCACAACAACCGUCCCAGUUUCCAUGAAGCACAGGGGAAUGCUGCAGGGUCAUUAACAUCACACCCAUUGGAGGAAGAGUGCCCAGCAGCUCCCACCCUGUGAAAGUGCAAGUUCACUCAUACAAGAUGCUUUCAAUUUUUUAAUAAGACUCCAGCUCUUAGGGUUUAUAUUUUUGUUUUUGUUUUUUGUUUUGUUUUUUAGCUUUGAAAAAAAACAAAAAAAAAGUGGUAAUAUGGAGAAUUUCCAAAAUCUUCCUUCAGCCCGAAACUGUGCUCCCAUCUGUCCUCGUUUCUGUUCUCCAUCCCGAAACUGUGCUCCCAUCUGUCCUCGUUUCUGUUCUCCGUCCCGAAACUGUGCUCCCAUCUGUCCUUGUUUCUGUUCUCCAUCCCGAAACUGGGCUCCUAUCUGUCCUCGUUUCUGUUCUCCAUCCCGAAACUGGGCUCCCAUCUGUCCUCGUUUCUGUCUUCCGUGGCUUCUAGGAGACCAAGUCGUACCGAUGUGCUCUCCUCGUUUCAGAGGGAAACUGAACUGCGAGAUGAAAAAAGGACCAGGCCAGGACUUCAAACUUCAGGCUUUCUUCAGAGAGUCUGGGCCUUCCCAUGUACACUCAGGGCUACAGUGGCCUUAGUAGCUAACCAGCAAUUCAUAUUGUACACACAGAGAUGUGGAAUAGUCUAGUUCUGUUAGUGUCCUCUCCAUGUGAACUGAACAAGCUCUCUGAGCUAGGCGCUUUCACUGGUCUGAUUGGGGAUGGUCAAUAAUAAUAAUAAUAAUAAUAAUAGACUAUAUAUAUAUAUUUUGUAAGUGUGAUCGCAGAAUAACAUCUUUCUGAUAUUUUCUAAACCAAUGGAGCCUGCUGCCCCCAAUCUCCCUCCUUCUUUAUGUAUGUUUUGUGCUGUUGUAAUAAAUAGGAACGCAACUUUGGAUCUGUGUGUGUUGGAAAAAGGGCCACAGUUAAAGAAAUGAUGUAAACGGUAAGAAAGAUGAGAACAAACGCUGGCUUGAUCAAGAAAGAGAACAAACGCUGGCUUGAGCAAGAAAGAUGAGAACGAACGCUGGCUUGAUCAAGAAAGAGGAGAACGAACGCUGGCUUGAUCAAGAAAGAGGUGAACGAACACUGGCUUGAGCUAGAAAGAGAACGAACGCUGGCUUGAUCAAGAAAGAGAACGAGCACUGGCUUGAUCCCCAAAAGUGGAUUUAGAAAACAGCUUCUCUCUGAAAUGCUUGUCAGUGUUAAUACUGUUGCCUGCUUAUGACUUUCUUGUUUGUUCUGCAGACUUGUAUACUGUUUCUAUGAAAUAUAUCCAAGCUGCAAAGAGAUAAGCAGUGAAAUCCCCCUAUUUAAGUGACCUGGAAUUCACUAGUAUAUCGUUUUCUCCCUGGCUAAACCUGAUCUCACCUGUUGCUUAUCCUUCCUGCUAGAUAAUAUACAGUUCUGUUGGGUUCUUGAGGCACCAUUUCAUUUUUAUUUCUUUUCUUUUUUUUUAUUUGUAGCACUUAAAGGAUUGUAUAAAAAAAAUGGUGUACAAAAAAGUUAUUUUAUUUUCUCCUUCAUUACCAUUUUUUGUGUUUUAUGAAAGGCUAGAAAAUCAAUGUGUGUAUAUUUGUGUAUAUGUAUAACAACACAUUUCAUUUCUGGAAAUAUGUUCUCGGAAUAUUUAUUAUUUACUAAUAUAUUUAUCUUUAAGCCAUGUCUUAUGUUGAGAGUGUAUGAGCGUUAUUGAAAUCUUUUUUUUUUUUUUAAAUGAGAAAUCACUAUCAUGAGACUUUGUAAAUACAUAAUAAUUGCACACAAAGAUUAAAUAUUCUCUGACCAAAAAACUGAUUUUUAAAUUUUAGUACUAUACAGUUUUGUAACAAAGUGUACAAAGGUCUGUAAAAAUACAGUUUUAUUCAAGUAAAA